GGUUUCAGACAAAAUUGAUAUGUUUCUGUGCAUUCUAUUAAUCUCUAGGUUGGAUGCCUUGGAUUCUGCACUAUCUUCAUCUUUUGAUGCUGGAGUUACGAAAAGCCAUAAAAUUCAAAAUUCAUUCCAUAUCCUAAAAUGACUCAUUCACCCUUUUCUAUUCUCUUCACCAAACGAUUAAAAAAUUGUCAAAAAGCCAGUAUCAAAUGAAGGUAACUGAGAAAUGCGGUGUCAAACAAUCAUUUUUGUUUUUAAGAAAUAUAUAAUUCGUGAAACAUUGCUAUGAUGUAUCGGUAAAGAUGAUGGCUAAACCUCGCGAACUCGUGCCUCUCUACGCUACGCUUCUCGACGCUUGCUCUUCCGCGAAGCACUUAAAGAAUCUGAAACGAAUCCAUGCGAUGACCAUCACCUUAGGCAUUUCAAGCAAUGACUUCAUUCGAAGCAAGCUUGUGUCUUCCUACGCUUGCUGUGCCCAAUUGCACGAAGCGAAUAUCAUCUUCUCCUUCACCAUUCGGCAACCCACUUUCCUUUUCAACUCUCUCAUCAGAGCACAUUCGUCUCUCGGCUUUUUCUCUCAAUCCCUUUCCAUCUUUCGCCACAUGGUCCUUGCUCACAAGCCCUUUGAUCGUCACACGUUACCCGUGGUGUUGAAAUCUUGCGCUGGUUUAUCGGCUCUACGGCUUGGGCAACAAGUCCAUGGAGCUGUUUUGGUUAAUGGGUUUGCCUUGGACUUGGCAAAUUCUAAUGCUUUGGUAAACAUGUAUACCAAGUGCGGCCAUUUGGAUAGUGCGCGCAAGGUGUUUGAUAGAAUGUGGCAAAGGAAUGAGGUUACGUUUUCAACCAUGAUGAAGGGUUAUGGAAUGCAUGGGGAGUGUGAGGAGGUGUUCGAGCUAUUUGAUAAAUUGGUGGAGGCAGGGGAGAGGCCUGAUGGUGUGAUUUUUACUACGGUUCUGAGUGCGUGUAGUCAUGGGGGGUUAAUAGACAAGGGGAGAGAAUAUUUUGAGAUGAUGGAGGUAAGGUUUGGAGUGAAACCUGGACUGCACCAUUAUACGUGCAUGGUGGAUAUGUUGGGGAGGGUUGGUCAGGUUGAGGAAGCAGAAAAGUUAAUUUGGAGAAUGGAGGUUAAGCCUGAUGGGGCUUUGUGGCGUGCCUUGCUGGCAGCUUGUAAAACUCAUGGGAAGGUUGAGGUGGCUGAGAGAGUAGCAGAGAGGGUUUAUGGAAGGGAACUGAGUAUUGCAUCGUCAAUUUAAAUUUUGUGUACGUGGAUUUUGCUCAUCAGAGAAUGCCUGCAGCCAGCUUAAGGAUAAGCAUUUUCCAGUCUUGCAUGGCCAUACCUUAGAUAUUGUGUACAUUAUUUCAUAUGUAUUCAACAUUUUUUUACGGACUUUGAUCUGAGACGCAAUAACCAGUGUCUUAAAACCAAAAAUUGUUCUAUCUAUCUUGGAAGUCGCAAGCAUUUAAAAAUUGCAGAACAUAAUCUAUGAAACUACUAUUUUAUCA